AUGGAAGAGACACUCGCCUUCCUCCUCGUCCCAGCCACCCCACAGUCUGGCUUGAUGGGGAAGUGCCGUCGGCCCCGCACAGCCUUCACCAGCCAGCAGCUCCUGGAACUGGAGAACCAGUUCAAGCUCAACAAGUACCUGUCCAGACCCAAGCGCUUUGAGGUGGCCACAUCGCUGAUGCUCACCGAGACGCAGGUGAAGAUCUGGUUCCAGAACCGCCGCAUGAAGUGGAAGCGGAGCCGCAAAGCCAAGGAGCAGGGGGCUCAGCCGGAGGCCGAGAAGCAACGAGGGCUCAGCAAAGCCUGCGAGAAGCUGCUGCCCAGCGAGCCCCGGGGACAAGCUACUGAAAGCCCAGAGUUCAUGGGGCGCAGCCCUGGCUCAGGCUUCCUGCACCACAGCACUGCUGAGCUGGGCUACAGCCCGGACUCCUCCUGCUCGGGGGGUGAGGAGGAAGAGGAAGAGGAGGACGAGAUGGGUGCCACGGAGAGGAAGAUCAGCUCUGUGUUGUGA